UUGAGCCGGAGUUCAUUUCAGAGUUUUUAACGUAGUUUAGCUAGUUUAUAAUCAGAGUUUAUUUUCCCCGAUUGAAAGCAAUAAUAUGACGGCGAUCUUGUCCUCCGUUAGUGACGUGUGGGUCAGGUGACGGUGCUGAGAAGAUGGCGUCGCCGAGUGCGGGUGCAGAUUUGGAGCAGUCGUUGCUGAGUUUUGAGAAACUAGACCGAGCUUCACCAGAUUUAUGGCCAGAACAAAUGCCUGGGGUAGCGGAAUUUGCCGCAUCUUUCAAAAGUCCUAUUACCAGCUCUCCACCCAAAUGGAUGGCAGAACUUGAGAAAGAUGAUAUUGACAUGCUGAAAGAGUUGGGAAGUCUUACAACCGCUAACUUAAUGGAGAAAGUACGAGGGCUCCAGAAUCUUGCAUAUCAGCUUGGACUAGAUGAAUCACGAGAAAUGACCAGAGGAAAGUUCUUAAACAUUUUGGAACGGCCCAAGAAGUAGCUGUAAAAUUGUAACCGCUUGCUUUUGCAAGAAGACUCAGCACUUGUUCAGAGACGGUCACUGUCUGCAUCAGAUCUACAGAUGCCUUCACAUGGCAUCUGUUCAAACUGCCUAUAUAAUAGUGCAACACAAGAUCACAUUUUGUGAAGAACUCCUCUUUUAGCCUGCAAGGCGAAUUGUUUUUAAAUGCAAACAGAGAUCACAGUCAGCGUAGAAGGGACAGAAUUUGGUUUAUCACGUGCAUGUCAAAUAGCAAUGUUAUUAUAUUGUGGUGUACUAAUCUAGAUGUAUUUUCCAUAAUCUGCUGUUCCCUUGCCGCGGCAGUGAAAUAAAUCCUGAUGUUGCAGUUGAGGUUAUGCAGAAUGAUAGCACUUUAGUUAAAGACGUGAUUCUUAAUAGCACAUGUACUUCUGGUGUAAUUACAAAAAAUAUACAGUGCCUGGGUAUGCAAUUAAACUGCUAUCCACAAUUCUCACCUCUGAAUACCAUGUAGAUUAAUGCAAGAUGGCAGAAGGUUUGAGGUGAUGGCAAAAGAGCAUUCUUAUGGUUUUAGAGGUCAUCUCAAGUUUAUAUUAUUUUGCUGCCUUGCAGUGUAUUUUAUCCAUAUAUUGUGAUAGGAUCUAUAAAUGUUUAGUUGAGAUGACUCUGUACCAAACUGGUAUUCUUCAGAGUAGAACAACAGGAAGGUUUAGCUUGAGACACCCAAAAAAUCCUCAUGUUUACAUUAAACUACAUUUUCCACCAAAAUGUUAUAAAAGACUGGGCUGCCAAACCAAAAAAAACUUUUCAAAGGAGGAAACAAAUAAGGUAAACAAAUAACAUGCCCAGUCACAUAACAGAGCAAUUAAAAUUGUUGCUGGAACUUUUUGAUCCAGAGAAACUUUGACUUUCUCAUUGAUUUUUAUUCUUCCAGUAUCAGAAGUAAAAGUUGACACAUUUAAUUAUUAUCUGAAUAACUUUGGAAGAAAAAAAACCCUCUUUGUUUUACUAUCCCUGCUUCCAGGAGGGCUCAUCAGUCUGUAAUGUUCUGUGAUUGACUUGGAGAUAUAGUUAAAGUGGGCUGCUAAGAUAUAGGUGUUAAAUUUUAGGGGCAGGGUUAUAUUAAAGAUAUAUAUUUUAAACCAAAUUUUGAGCCACUAUAUUUGAGGUAGAGAACAUAAAUAUAAACAACUGAUGUACUUUAUGGCAACUUCACACAUCUGGGACAGAUUUCACUUGAAAUGGGUGUCAUCUGGGGGGAGUGCAGUGACUCCAAAUUUUCUUAUCCAGUUUGAUGUAUUGCUCUACAUGAUAUUGUUCAGCCCAGUCUGAUCAACACUUACCAACUGCGAGUUUCUGGUAAGGUGAAAACCAUCCUUUAAGAAUGUAACUAUAGCCUUACCGAGCUGAAGUCUAAUGUUUAGGAAUAAGGAUUGGGGUGAUAUGAUAGGACCAGAAUGAAGAAAAUUGCUGGAAACUUGAUCUCUGAAACAGUCUGGAGACAUCCCAAACAAAUUAGGUCUUAUGCUUUUACUUGAAAAGGAUUGGCUCCUUUGUCUCAAUCACAUGAAUCUUUGAGGCCUCCCUUCACCUCUUCAAUGGAUCUUUACUUACUCAAUGUACCUAGACCAUGGAUGUUCUAAGUUGUAGACUUGGGUUUAGUUUUUUAGACGUGUGAAACAGGACUUUUUUUUUUGAGCAGUCUUGUGCACUAAUUAGUCAAAUGCUUCUAUGAUACAUUUUAUUUUUGAAUUAAUAAAUGUGAAUUACUUUCAAAAAAAAAUCUUCUUGAUCAUUUGAGUGCAGCCCUUAGAAAUAAAUACUGAAUUGAAAAUCUACUCCUCUUGCAUUUUCUAAUAAGUAACUUGCAAUGUCCAUGUGGGCAAAUGUGGUUCCACCUGGGGAAUGUAUCUGAGUUUCUGGCUUUAGUGGGAGAAGUAAGGGCAGAGAUUGAAAUGAGGGAGAGUGUUGGAAAAGGAAUAUACUGGAGCAAAGUAUUUACUAAUCUUGAUUGUAAAUGUAAUCAAAAAAUUUGCUGUAAUGUGCAGUUUGUGCUGAACUACUUGAACUGGAUUUCCUUUCCAUCACCCUUCAGCUUGCUCCAUGUUUAUGCUGUAAAUUGUUGGAAAAGUUGGUUUGCUUCAUCGAUCAAAUGAAAGAAGAGGACAAAGAAAGAAACCAAGCAAAUGACAAUGACCAACCAGGGUGAAUCUGGCAAAAAUUAGUGAAUGGAGGGAAAAGUGACUAAAAGAAAAUACACGUGUUAAUUAUGUUUGGGAAUUGUAAUUUUGUUGUUUGUGAAGUUAUGAUUAAAUGCUGGUAAAUGUGAAA